GAGGGAGACCAAAGGUCAGUUUCUCAUAGAUCAUAUCUGCAACUAUUACAGCUUACUGGAAAAAGACUAUUUUGGCAUUCGAUAUGUCGACCCUGAGAAACAGCGGCACUGGCUUGAGCCCAACAAGUCUAUCUCCAAGCAAAUGAAAUCUCAUCCACCAUAUACCAUGUGCUUUAGAGUGAAAUUCUACCCACAUGAACCCUUGAAGAUUAAAGAAGAGCUCACCAGAUAUCUUUUGUAUCUACAAAUAAAAAGGGACAUUUUCCAUGGUCGUUUGCUGUGCUCGUUUUCUGAUGCUGCCUACCUGGGUGCCUGUAUUGUCCAAGCUGAGCUUGGUGAUUAUGAUCCUGAUGAACAUCCAGACAAUUACAUUAGCGACUUCAAGAUUUUUCCCAAACAAUCACAGAAGCUGGAAAGGAAAAUUGCUGAAAUACAUCAAAAUGAAUUCAGUGGACAGAGCCCAGCUGUUGCUGAAUUUAAUUUGCUACUGAAAGCACAUUCUUUGGAAACCUAUGGGGUUGAUCCUCAUCCUUGCAAGGAUUCAACCGGGACCACUACUUUUUUAGGAUUCACAGCAACGGGCUUUGUAGUUUUCCAGGGAAAUAAAAGAAUUCAUUUGUUAAAAUGGGCUGAUGUCUGUAAAUUGAAAUUUGAAGGGAAGACAUUUUAUGUGCUUGGAUCUCAGAGAGAGAAAAAGGCUAUGUUGUCAUUUCAUACCUCUACACCAGCAGCCUGUAAGCAUCUUUGGAAGUGUGGGGUGGAGAACCAGGCUUUUUAUAAGUAUGCAAAAUCAAGUCAGAUCAAGACGAUGUCCAGCAGCAAAAUAUUUUUUAAAGGCAGUAGAUUUCGAUAUAGUGGAAAGGUUGCCAAAGAGGUUGUUGAAGCAAGUUCCAAAAUCCAGAGAGAACCUCCUGAAGUGCACAGAACCAGCAUUCCUCAGAGUCGUAGCUCUCAUUCCUUGAAUAAACAACUCAUAAUUAAUAUGGAACCACUGCAGCCCCUCCUCCCUUCGCCAAGUGAGGAAGAAGAGGUUCCUUUAGAUGAAGGUAUCCAGCUGCCUAAGGAAGAUGAAAUCUCUGUACCUAUGAUAUCUAAUUCCCCUGCUAAGGAUGCUGAGGAGAGUGUAGAUCUUACCACUGAAGAGGAAGAGAAGAUCAAAGAGGAACCUUUAACCAUCUCAGAACUGGUGUACAACCCAAGUGCCAGCUUGCAGCCCACCCCAGUUGAUGAUGAGAUUGACAUGCUCUUUGACACCCCAUCGAGAGCAGAGAAUGAGAGAGAAGAUACAGAUUCAUUUGAAGAACUGGAAGCGGAUGAAAAUGCGUUUUUGGUUGCUGAGGAAGAGGAGCUGAAAGAAGCCCGUAGAGCGCUUAGGUGCAGUUAUGACUUUGUGAUGGGCAACAUGCAGGUAAACGCAUUUGUGAAGAGCUUCUCCAGGCUUCUUUUUGUAGGCCUUGGACUGUUGUUGUUCGUGUUUCCACUCCUCCUUGUCCUCUUGGAGUCGGACCUUGAUAUCUCCUUUCUUCAUGAAAUCCGUCAAACGCCAGAGUUUCAGCAAUUUCACAUUGAAUAUUACUGUCCUCUUAGGCAGUGGGUGGCUUGCAAAAUAAACUUCAUUCGUGACACGCUGGGAAACUCUUAAAUGUUAAAGAAAUAUGAUACAACUAAGGGCUAUAUUCAAAAUUUCAGUUAGCAUUAGCUUCUCGUAAUGCCCAUUGGGCCAUCAGCAGGUAGCUAUCUUCAUUUUCAAUCCAUUAAAGACUGUUCAAGAUCUAACAUUUGCUUUUCGUAAACAGUUGCUUUAGUUAUAGGCUUAUCUGGUGGCCUUUAAAUAACCAAAAAGAGGUCUUAUUUUUAUUUGAGUAUUGACUUCCUGAUCAUCUGUUGCAUCAGACAAGACUGGAUAGUACUAGGGUUCAUUAUUUGCCAUUACAAGCUAUGAUAUUCUGAAUCUCAAUGAUGAUAGAGCUGAGAAGGAAAUGUUUUUGAAUAUACUCCUUAGUGGUGUAACAGUCUUUUCUAACCAAUGCCUAUACAAGCAAUGUUUAUGCUGGGUUUUUGUUUCUUGAUUUUGUUUUUUGUUUUUUAUAUUUUUAUGUGUUUAAAAUAUUUUGGUAAAUUUUUAGCAAAAGAUGACUUCUGAAGUUGUUUAAGUGUACAGAUUGGUAAAAUUAAUGCACAAGGGCAUGUAGGGGAUUUUUUAAUGUUUUACCAAUGGUUUGUUUUUUAAAUAUUUUGGAUGGGCAAUGAGUUUAUUAUAACUCUAUAAAACAUGGCCUACAGUUUGUAGAACAUACAGAAAGUUUAUUCAAGAGCUGGGGGGACUGGUGAGGGGAGAUGAAAUGGCACAAAAUCCUUAAGUAAGUUUUUAAUGGCACAGUUCUAAAGCUAAAGGUGGUGAAUAUCAUUGAGAAAAUGAUAAUCCACCUUCAUCUGUGUCCUGUCAUCUUACACUUCAAUCAGUGCUAAGUUUUUGUAAGACAGUGCAAGUAAGUUUUGCCAGAAGGUGAUAGAUCUUCGGACUAAAUGUAGAUUAUUGUACAUAACAUGGAAAGAUGAAGAGAUAGUAAAUAUCAGAAAUGUCUAGCUAUAUUGGUAGAUAAGUAACCUACUUUUUAAAAUAGCUAGAGAAUAAAAAGUAUACAAUACUUUAAAAAUCAAGGCAUUAGAUUGUACAGUUGACAUGCAGAUAUUCUACUGAAUCAUAAUAAAAGGACAAAAUAUUUUUAAGAGAAAUAUCUUGGUUCUUUAUUCCUUUUGUCACUAUUCUGUGAAACACAUCCCAGAGACUCAUCAUUUAAUGUGUCAUUUCCUGUGCAUGCUGAUUGUCUUACCAUGUAUGUGUGGCAUUGUACUCAUACUAUUUCCCUAUUGAUGGGACUCCAGUCAAUGAGGUUUAUUAUUACUUUAAUGUGCUGAGGAUUUGCUCCCAAUAUUGUGUAGAGAAUAUACAUAAAACCUUGUGAGCAUUUAGAAAAAUCAGUGGGAUUUCCCUACCCCAAUCCAAAUGCUACAGAAAAAAGGAAACUGUAUUUUGUAAACUGGAGCAUCAUCAUAGAGGACUGUUUUUUUUUUUAAAUCAAAAGCAUUUAGCGUGAUCCUUCAGCCAUAACACAAAUAAAACUCGAAUUAAAGCCAGUGGAAGUUUUGCCUAUGUACUGGCUGCAACUUC